AUCCAUCUGCAAACCAACCCAGAAGCUCAACUCACCAACACCAUGGUCAGCUCCUGUUGUGGCUCUACCUGCUGUGGCCAAAGCUGUGGCUCUAGCUGUUGCCAGCCCUGCUGCCGCCCCAGCUGCUGUAUUUCUAGCUGCUGCCAGCCAUGCUGCCGCCCCAGCUGUGGUACCUCUGCUGCUCCGGGCUGCUGCCCCCCGCUCUUCCUACUGCUGCCUGUGCCGCCCAGCUGUGGUACCUCUAGCUGCUGCCAGCCUUGCUGCCGCCCCGCUGUGGUACCUUGCUGCUGCCAGCCCUGCUGCCGCCCCAUCUGCUGCCAGACCACUUGCUGCAGAACCACCUGCUGCCGCCCAACCUGCUGUGGCUCUUGCUGCUGAGUUCUG